CGGGGCUCAGAUUCCAGGCAGGCAAUUAUUUGUGAAGCCCUGAACAUUUCCUUUCAGAUGUAUUGCAUUAGGGAAAGCAAGUUAAACAUAUAUUUGCUGCCUUAGAAGGACAUUUGGUAACACCCUCAAGUCAAAGUCUGUUGGAGUUAUUUGGAUUUAGGAAGGAGAUACAGUUUCAAGGAGGAACAAGGCAAAUAAAGAAUUCUAGUGAAAAUGGUUUGUACCUAUAAAGUCACAUAAAUAUGGAACUGAUGGUUUCUGCAGAUUUUCUGUCAAGCCAUAGCAUCUUUGAUAUGUAUGGUUCCUGAAAGGCUCUGAUGAAAGACUGCUGCUGAUUCGGAGGCUAGUAUUAUCUGUCAUAUAAUCUAACGGAAAGGAAAAGAAAAAAAACAAGGAUGCUGUGCUACAGUAUAACACUUCUUGUGCUUUUUGAGGUGGUUUUGAAGGAGGCGUAAACUGUAAAUACUAACACACGUCACAGCUAGAAAUCAGUUAUACUGUCGAUUUCACUUGGGGGCAAGGAAGAUUUGUCUUCACUGUAAGUGCCCGCGGGAGGAGCACAGUGUAUCGGUGAUGCCUUUGGAAAUGGAAAAGACUGUGAAUAAACUCAUGUAUGACUUUCAGCGGAACUCUACUUCUGAUGACGAUUCUGGCUGUGCUUUGGAAGAAUAUGCCUGGGUACCUCCUGGACUGAAGCCAGAGCAAGUUCACCAGUAUUAUAGCUGCCUCCCUGAAGACAAGGUGCCCUAUGUAAACAGUCCUGGUGAGAAAACACGAAUUAAACAGCUGUUGCACCAACUGCCACCACAUGAUAAUGAGGUACGAUACUGCCACUCUUUGGAUGAGGAAGAAAAAAAAGAGUUAAAGCUCUUCAGCAACCAAAGAAAAAGGGAAAGUCUGGGAAGGGGUAAUGUUAGGCCUUUCCCAGUAACAGUGACUGGCACUAUCUGUGAGCAGUGUGGAGGACAGAUUAAUGGAGGUGAUAUUGCCGUGUUUGCUUCGAGAGCAGGCCAUGGUGUAUGUUGGCAUCCUCACUGCUUUGUGUGCAGUGUCUGUAAUGAACUGCUGGUUGAUCUCAUCUACUUCUACCAAGACGGAAAGAUCUUUUGUGGAAGACAUCAUGCUGAACUCCUGAAACCUCGUUGUGCAGCCUGUGAUGAGAUCAUUUUUGCUGAUGAGUGUACAGAAGCUGAAGGGCGGCACUGGCAUAUGAAGCAUUUCUGCUGUUUUGAAUGUGAAACUGUCCUAGGUGGCCAGAGAUAUAUUAUGAAAGAAGGGCGUCCUUACUGUUGCAACUGUUUUGAGUCCUUAUAUGCAGAAUACUGUGAUACAUGUGGAGAGCAUAUAGGCAUAGACCAAGGCCAGAUGACUUACGACGGCCAGCACUGGCAUGCAACAGAAGAAUGUUUUUGUUGUGCUAAUUGUAAAAAAUCCCUACUUGGGCGUCCUUUCCUGCCAAAACAAGGACAGAUAUUUUGUUCUAGAGCCUGCAGUGCAGGAGAGGAUCCCAAUUGCUCCGAUUCAUCAGACUCAGCUUUUCAAAGUGCAAAGUCACGUGAGUCUCGUCGCAGUGCAAAGAUUGGUAGAAAUGGUGGGAGAUCCCGAGAAGGGAAACCAAAGCCAACCCUUCAGAUGCAGGCAUCAGCAAACAGGCUAUCAGCAGAAGUAGAUCCUCUAUCACUUCAGAUGGAUUUGCUGAGUUUGUCUAGCCGGAGUCAAAGCCUAAGUCGUGAACAUCUGUGGAAAAGCAGAGAAGAGCUUUACCGUAGUGCUAGUCAGUCAGAGCAAAGUCAGUCACAAAGCCCUUUGCAGCUUCUUAGCCAGUGUAAUGUAAGGACUUCUUAUACUCCAUCUCCUACAGGUACAAGUCAGCAUGAAAUGUGGACUAACGAUUAUAAUUUUCCAAAGAAAAGUUCAAGCCUCCAGGGACGUAGUGCAAGCUUUAUUCACGAGCAUAGUGAUGAUUAUCUUCCAACCAAUCUUGGAAGACAAGAAAGUUAUAGCGAUGCUUCCAACCACAGUUUCACGGAAACAAAACUUGACUCUAAUGCUGAACGGUACAAUAACGUGCAUGAAAGGAUUCCACAGCAGUGUCGAACUAGGUAUCCCAUCAGCGCUCUUAGUUUUAACGAGCAGCUUACUCCAAUGCAACAAACACCAAGAGGAUCAAUGGACUCACUUGCUCUUUCAAAUCUCACAGGGGUUUCUGGAGAGGGAAUUUCUAGACGCCAAGAACAUUUAUCACGGUUCUCGAUGCCAGAUCUGAGCAAAGACUCAGGAGUCAAUGUUUCAGAAAGAGUAAGUAACAUGGGAACUCUUAAUUCCUCCAUGCGAUACAGAAGUACGGAGUCCAUCAGAAGCUUAGCUUCUGCACAACGAUAUCAGGCUAUUGAACCAAACAGAGAAUUGCAUCAACAUCCUAUGCAGUACAGGGAGUAUCCAGCACAUGGAAGAAAGCCUCUUGGAUUCCGCUAUGACUCUGAGGUAUCUUUGAACAGGAUGCCUAGCCAGAGUAGUGCACAGCUUCCACCAAUGAGUGAACGCCCUCUGAGAAGAAUGCGUGCUCAGGAGAACCAUCAUCGUGGUCAUCGUCGACAUAAAACAAGAAAGUCUAGACGAUCUCGUUCAGACAAUGCACUUCAUCUUGCCACUGAACAAAACUAUAGAUUAUUUGAGAGACCCCCCUUCUAUACAAGAGAGGACUGUGAUCAGUUCAUGAUGCAAGGAGGAACAAGAGAAGCAUUACAAAAUGAGCAAAGGAGGUAUAGCCAGUGUCCAAGAACUACAUCAGAUCUUACACUGCAAAAUCCCUUUAAUGAGAAAUGGAGGCCAUACUUUAAUGAACAUGAUGAUAUGUGUUCUACUUGCUCAUCCUCAACAGACUCCGAUGCUGAAGGGUAUUUCUUAGGAGAACCAAUUCCCAGGCCUACUCAGCUCCGAUAUAUUACCAAUGAUGAACUUGUUCAUAAAUAUGGUGGUCCUGGCCUACCUGAUUCCUCCAUGCUAGUUGGUAGAGGUCAACUACACAAUAGAAAGAGAAGAAAGAGCAAAAAUUGUAUAAUUUCAUAAUGUGUCACCAUAAUUUCAUUAUGUGUUACUUAAAUCUGUCACUUGGAAUGUAAUUUGCAAACUUGCACUCUUGUAAUUUAAAUUGGUUAAAUGCUCAGCAUACCAUUAAGGUAAUAGUAAAAAAGUCUGAAGGAUACAGUGUGUGCUAACUGAAGGUAUAUCAGUGUUCAUUUUAAAUUGCUGACAGUAUUCAUUGAACAAAUACAUUUGCAUGAUUCAGUCCACUCGUUAAGGUUUUUCAUUCUAUACAACUGAAUUAUUCUAAAGUGUUAUACGUAAACACUAUAUUGUCAUUAUCGCCAUAGUUUUGCAUGAACGCAGUGUACAUUGCAGUGAUCACUGCUUUAUUGUAUUGCACAAAUCAUAUUAGUAUCAUAUUGCUCAGUCUUUGCAGUUUGGUAUUUUGUUAGGCUCAGUCAUUCAUCUGUGUUUUUUUUUUUCAAAUAAAGCCAGUUAUGAAAGCUUCAA